GCUGGACAAGGGCGGACUGUUGAGGCAGUCGGGGUGGUGAAGUGCGCGGGGGAAUGUCGAAAUCACAUCGCUUUUCCGUCUCGUUGUCGUGUUGUCCGAUGCCGCGCUUUCUGCUGCUUUCCUCCUCUCUGUUUCUUCCAUUUUCUUCCAUGAUGACGAUCGUGCUAUGAGAAGGAGGAUGGGAAUGACGCCUGGGAUUUCGUUACUUGGGCGGGACCCUGAACUUGCCGGCAAUUUCCAGACGACGACCGCUCCAGCCGAGCUGUACUUAGCGCGCAAUUUGUUUUUGCUGCUCCUGCAAGAGUGUCAUUCGUUGCCGCUCAUCUCUGUCUCUGUCUGAUAGAGACCGAUCGUGUGACGAUUCGUCGGAUCUAGUUUUUGUCCGUUACCGGGAGUACAAGAUGAUGCGGAAGCGCGCAUGAAUGACAUCGUCUCCCUCUCCCUCUGUGUCUCCCUCCCUCUCUCUUCCUUUCUCUCUGAUAUUCUCUCCUACCCCCCGCUCCCCGCUUCCUUCCCCUUCUCUCUCUCUUCCCGCUUGCGUUGUUUGUUAUUUCUCUUUCGUUGUUUGUUAUUUCUCUUUCCUUCUCGCUGUCUUCUUCGAUGUCAACGGCCCGGGAGCGCCUCUCGGUCCCGGAGGAACUGGGAUUAGCUUUGUCAUCAAGCCGCACUGGGAGCGGUUGUGCGGGGCAAAGAGAGUGGAGGGAAGGUUUUCAUUGCGAAGGACAAGUGUAAAAACCGGUAUUGCCCCGCCGAUCGCUCGAUCGCCAACCGAUCAUCGGUGUGUACGUGUUCUUCUCCGGGAGCGGCGCAGCGGGGUGCCACGUGUCGCCAUUAGAAGAGCGGCAAGCUAGCUUUUAGCUAUGGCGGCUGCUGCGGCAACGUCUUCUGGUUCGUUGUACUCUUCCGAUCGCGCGACGUUUUGUGCUGCCGUGGAGACACGGCUCUUGCUGGCCAUAUCUGACGUGGUAACUCUGCGCGGCGCCGUCGAGGAUUGCUGUUCUUCGCCGCCGACGCGCGACGCUGAUGUCCGUCCUACCCGGGACAAAUCCGUGUCAUCUGCGCCCUCCUCUUCCUCCUCUUUCUCGUCAUCGUCAUCAUCAGUAUCGUCGUCAUCUACCUCUACUUCUUCUCUUCGACGCUUGUCGUUAUCACUAUCGUCGUCGGGAAUGACGAAGAGCGGCGGAUCUUGGAAGAAGGGUGCUGGCUCCUUCCCUCCUCUUCCUCCGAUUGAAGAAGUGGUCGGCUAUGCUGGGAAUCCGUUGGCUUGCCCCAAGUGCUCGGUCAUAUUGCUGCGCAGUCUGUCGUCACGCUUGUGCGUCGCGUGCGGCAAUCGUUCGGCUGGGGCCAAGGCCGCACAGUCGACGGCGAAUUGGAGAGGCACUGUAGCCGAGAAGAGGUUCUUAAGGUCGUUGAAAAUCCCAUGCAUCGAUGUAGGAAAGGAGACGGAUGGUCUGAGCAACUCCUCCCCUCUGAAUCGAAUGUCAACACCGGAAUGGCCGGAGAGUGGUCAUGUGAAUGGCACAUCCUCCAGUUCUGGCGCAGAUGCAGUUGAGGAUUUACGGAUGCCUGGUAAUUUUGUCCUGAACGCUAAGCAGGACAGCAACGGGAAUGGGACCACCUCCUCCCCUUCGGAUCAUGCCCUGGAUGCGAUGGAUGCUCCCAUGAGAUUUGCGGACACAAAUGGAGUUGUAGCUACACACGCCUCCACAGUUCCUGCUGUGAAUGGCAUCAGCAGGAAAAAGCACAGGAUGGCCAACGGUGGCUGCAAGGACUUCCUCCGUGACUUGCAUGAUCUAGAUGUCAGGUCGCCCACUCAGCACAGCGUCGAUUCAGUGGUAAGGUCUGAUCAACAGACUGCUUUAAGUGUGAAUACUACUCGACAGGUGCCAUUGUCACCGGCCGAGAAAGCUGCCAGGUUCGAUGCGCUGUUCCCAACCCUUGAACGAGAAGCGUCGCUCAAAAUUCUGCGGUCGACACCACGUUCACAAUCUGGGGAGAAUGGUGCAGAGGUCCUUGUUUCGCCUGAGCCGAAGAUUGCAUCACCGAAGGUGCAUCUAGAUUUCCCAGAGGUGGAUUUGCCUCACAUGACGGAGAGAUUUGAUGGUAAGAUCCUCGAUCCCCAGGAGGGUUUCCAGUCAGCGAAGUCGUGGCGAAGGGCAUCAGAUUUCAUGGUGGGAAUGAAGAAGGUCUUCGACCCACCGAUCCUGCAUGGGAAGGAAGGGUUUGGAUCAAUGUUCAGCCGCCACUGGGCUGGUACAGAUCGCGUUGCGCCUUUGCCGCCACCUGUCCCACCCCCUGCCCUUCAGCGUUCUUCGUUCCAAGAUCCGAUCGAUCUACCUUUUGUGAAUUCCCCGAGACUAAGGUUGGGGCCGAAGGACGGAGAAAGGAACAGUGCAAGUCUUCGAGGCCCAGCUGCUGGAGACGAUGCCAACCAGGUUAUCAGGAGUCCUAAGCUACUCCCUCCCCAAUCCCCUGGCAAUAGGGACCAGGUUGAGCCUCUCAAUUGGCUUGGAAACCGCUGGCCGCAAAGUAUCGCUGAGGAUGGUCGGGGUGAUCCGCUCUCGAAUGCGACGGGAGGAGCAGCUUCACCGUCGGGAAGAGGCUUGUCAAGUCCGCGCAGGGUACCGAUGAGAGCAACUACUGCAUUGGCGGACUUGGGGGAAACCAAUUCCCGGGGCAUGGGUUGGAGGAGGAGCUGGAGCAGGACAAGAUCCACUCCAUCAUUUCCUGUGGAUGAGAGACUUCCUGAGGAUGAGCCGAUUGGCAGCAUGGGGCUGAUAAUGACACAUUCCAGAGAUUCUGAGGACAGGGAUUGGCCCAACGAUUCUGGAACUCCUCGGGAUGCUGAUCGAGGUUGGGAUUUGGACUUCGAUCCGAGAGGGGAUGGGGUGGGAGUUGUUGGAAGAGUGCGAACUGCAGACAAUCUCGCGAGUGGAACAGAUUCAAAGUCAUCAUGUCAAAAUGGGAAGGGUGGAGCCGGCAUUCUGAUUGCUGGGCUUGAGAAGUUAUCCAUUCCUACAUCGGGUAGCAGAGAUGGAAGUCUGGCAGGGGGUGGGGUUAUGCUGUUGGGUGAACCCGGUUGUGUAGGGCUCUGCAAAGAGAAGGUAGCAGGUUUGGUGGACCGUGUUAAUGGUCCAUGGCCAGAGGAAAGGAGGAUCAGUGGGGGCAGAUCACAAACCAAAGAGGACACCGCCCAGGGAAAAGCAGCAUGGAAAUCAGAGUGUAUCAUGGGAGAGGGAGGUGCACAUGGUUCGUUCGCUUCAUGUGAGAAAUUUGCAAUCUUCAGUCCUGAGAGAAGGGAUAGAAGGGAUAGUAUUGGCUCCGGAGCUGCACGGAGUGUUGUGACAACUGACAAGCCGGAGCGUACUGAAGAGGGAAGUGCCUCGGUAGCUGCAUUUGAGCAGUUCGCAAUUUCGAGUUCGGGAGGAAGGGAUAGCAUUGGAUCUGGUGCCGUACAUGGCGUUGUCACUCACCGCAGCAAUAGCAAUGAUGGGAAUCUACAAGCGAGGGUAAUGGAUUUUAAAGAUCCGUGGAAGGUCCUCCCGUGUCUGGGGGGACCAGGUCUUAGAGUCAGGACGCCUCAAGAGGAGGAACCUGAUGCAGCCGCUGCAGUGUCGAUGGGUGCAGCUGGAGUAUCGGCCUGUGCUGACGAGACGAAUGUGAUUGUUCCAGUGGCUGGCAUCAAAACACUUUCAGCAUCUAGUACUGAGAGCACAUCGGAAGUUGCCGCGUUUGCAUCUGGUCGCGUGAUGGGAUCUGAUGAGAUCAGGAUCGCUGGACCUCUUGCAGUGAAGGAAACAGGGAGUGCAGGUAAGGCAGGAUUUGGGUCAGGGGAGCUACAAAACGGGUGGGCAGGUGGCGUUGGUUCGGUUGAAGGGUUGGACCUCGAGAAUGACCUGCUGACAGGUGUCGGCACAGCUGGAGGACUAGGGCAUACGGAGAAGAGGGGUCCGAACAUUCUGACUGCAGGAUUUGAUGCAUUGGCAGCAGCAGCUAGUCAAGGAAGCAACCAGGUCUUUGUCUCACGCUUACCGCACGGCGGGCUCAGUCAUGCGCAGGCUCCCAAAGGGACGGGAAAAGUUGAUGAGCCAGAUUCGUGGACCGUUGCUUCAUGGCCAAGUGACAAGGAAAGGAUGGGAGUGGCCUUUGAGAAUGGUUGUGCCCCAAUGAGAAAUGGUUCAGUGUUUCCGACUUGUGCUGCUAAUGAAACGAGCUUGAGAACAUAUGACUCUGCCACAUCGGCCAACGGGUGGGCGGAUGAUAUAGAGAGCGAGCAAGAGUGGGGCCCGUGGAAUGGCCUUGCUGCAACUGAUUUAGUUAGUCGUGGAUUGGUUCCGACACCCUCGAGUCAGAAACGGGUGACACCGAACUGGCAGGGUGGAGAUCUGGGAGAAGCCGUCGGCAUAUUUUUGGGAGACGCCGUUGGAACGUUUUUGGAGCGUAGACGGGAGGCAAGUGAAGGAAAUAGAAAAGGCCCCCUUCUGAAUGGACACGUAAAAGAGGUGCAUGUCAAGGAGGAUCAACAGCGACUGCUGAAGGUGGAUGAAUGGGAGGAUGACGAUGGUGAAGAGUGGACAGAGUUCAUGUCGGGAGGAAUGGAGUGGACAGAGUUUAUGUCAGGAGGAGGGACAGCUUGAUGAGGUAGAAGUUUCAAGGUGGUUUCUUUUUCCUCGCACCUUGCAAAGCCAUGAAACGAAUGGUGGUGGAAACUUGGUACCGUUUUACGUAUUCUCGAGUACUGGCAGCUAAAACUGCUCAGGACUUUGAUAGAUUUGUUUUAAAGGCAUCAGUGUUAUGGGUGCCUGAAUGCUGCAGCAAUAGUGUGUGGAUGGUUACGAAAACGACCGUUGCUGUGUCAUAGACUGACUGCAGAUGGGUUGGGUAUUUGUGUAGAUCGUAGCUGUGGCAAGUGGGGACUCUGGUACCAGUUGCUCCUGUGUAACAAGGUAGACUCCAAGGGUCCGUUUUGAGGGCUCUGGAGAAAUCAGGGUUUGGCGGGGUCCAUUUGGAGGGAUUUUGAAGAAAUGAGGGUUUGGCAAGGUGUCCACUGUUUGUGUGGGUGUCUAAGAGAGUUAGAGAGAGAGAGAGAGAGAGAGAGAGAGAGAGAGAGAGAGAACCGGGGAGUGGGGGGGGGGGGGGGGGGGGGGUGCUGAUAUGCCAGAGAGUACUGGAAUCGUGUACAAUGAAUUCCUCUUUCAGCC